UGUUAAAAAUGAGCCAAGUAGAAAAUAAAAUAAGAAAACCUUCCCGUCCAGUCAAGCUGGAUGGUGCGCGUGUACUUUGCCGUCUGUGUUGUGUUUAUCGGCAUUUAGCACCAAUGCUCCGCGCAGCUCUGAGCUAAAAGCUACAGUUUCGCCUCAACUUCCCGCUUCUCAAUUGGUUGGGAAUGGUCAGCUGACGUUGUCAUAUUGUCUCUCACUGAGCCAAGCCUCGGCUAUUACACUCGAGCUUUUUUUUUUUUUUUUUUUUUUUCGCGUCUUAACCGGAGAUUGGAAAUUAAUAAUAUUCAAUCCUCAAAAGUAGCCCCGCGACCACGCAGGAGAGGCAGCAACUCGAGAGGGGGGAAAAAUACGGGCGAUUUUUUGGGGAGGAAGGUGUGGUUGGUUGACUUGACACAGGCGGGAGGGAGAUUUACUGGAGAAGGAAGAUUGAAAAGAGACCCGAUAAAGAAGUGGGGAAGAGUUGGAGAGAAGGGUUACAAGCAAGGUAUGAAUUCUUAUUUCGCAAACCCGUCGCUCUCCUGCCAUUUGUCCGGUGGUCAAGAGGUUCUGCCCAACGUUCCCCUGAACUCCACCACCUAUGACACAGUGAGACAUUUUUCGUCGUACGGCGCCGCUGUGACCCAGAAUCGGAUAUAUGCCCCUUUCUACUCCCCUCAGGAGAAUGUGGUGUUCGGCUCCGGUAGGGCGCAGUACGAGUACGGAUCCAACGUAUUCCUCCAAGACAAGGACGUCCUGCCAAGCUGCAGGCAGACAAACAUGGGACUCGGCUCGCAGAGCCACAUUGCCCAGGAGUACAGUCUGGAUCAGGGGAGGGCAGGAGCCCAGGAGCAGAAGAGCAACAUCCCGAUCUACCCGUGGAUGCAGCGCAUGAACUCACACAGCGCAGGAGUGGGCUACGGGACGGACAGGCGCAGGGGACGUCAGAUCUACUCUCGCUACCAAACGCUGGAACUGGAAAAGGAAUUCCACUUCAACCGCUACCUGACCAGGCGCAGACGCAUCGAGAUCGCCAACGCGCUGUGCCUCACGGAGCGGCAAAUCAAGAUUUGGUUCCAGAACCGGCGCAUGAAGUGGAAGAAGGAGAGCAACCUGACGUCCACGGUGACUGGAAGUGAACAGACAGGGGCUGCUCAGGAGGAGGAACGGAGUGGCAGCGCAGUGGAAGAAGGGAAGGAUGAACACAAAAAAAAGGAAUAACGGGGAAGCAUAGCGCGCACGUGUGUGUGUGUGUGCAUGGAAGUGGAGAGGAGAGGGGAGGGGGGGGUCACCUCAUGACCAUGAAAGUCCAACAUAACUACCUAAAAAAAAAAAAUCUAUAAAGACUUGACUUCACUGCAUGAUGGUUAUACCCGCUGCUCUUUAUCUCAUCUUGACCACAGCAGUUGUGGAGCACUAAAUAUUCAAAACAUUAUUCCAUCCACAGUUUGAUCUCUGUGACAUCUGGAGCACUAAGGUGUUUGUUUUAUCAAUAUUAUAAAUAUCAAUGUCUCACAUGUAUUGUGAAAAUAAUAAUAACAAUAUUAUUAUUAAUAUUAAUAAUAAUACAAACGAAGAAAAACAAGUAUUAUUUUCCUGGUAUUUUUCCAAACACCAGGAAAAGUAAAAAGUAAAAAAAAAAAAAAAAAAAAAAAAAAUCUGUAUUUACCCACAGCCAAUUCCUCACUGUGAACUCUUUGAUCACCUCACCAAAUACAGUGUUGGUUUGACUUUGCUCAUGCACAUGCACAUUCCACGGCGUUCCAAGGAACACAAUGCAAAACUAGUACUUGAACUGUCCACAGAUUUAAAAAAGAAAAGAGAGACAAAAAAGAUUCAAGUUGCACGGUUGACCCUCAAGCUUGUAUAUAUAUAUAAUAAAAGUAGCAUAACAGCAUAUUAUGCAAAUUCCGCAAGAGCUGUGCAUUUAGCCGCUUGGAUUUUUGGCGCAGGACAACGUAAAAGAACAGCGCCACUUCUUCUUUGAAUCAUUUGACACCACAUGCUCUUGUUUUUGUUGUGAGACAGAUUUGUACACUAGUAAUUCUUCACCCUUUGAGUGUUAUGAUUUUAUGUUUGUUUUUUGUUUUUUUGUCAUAUUUGUGUAUCAGUAAAUAAAAUCUUUGUAAAACUUG